AGAUCUAUUUUAGAAUAGUCGUAUAAAUAAUACCUAUUUAAUGUCCCAUACCUAUGUAGGACCUUCGACCUUCAAGGGAGCCAGUCUAUAAUUCACAUCUAUCCAGAAAGUUUGAUUCUAUGAUCAACGACUUGACUCACAGCAAAUCAACUCGAUCUCGUGCCGCCAUGGAUUUAUCUUUUUCCCUCGUUCCCGCAGUCAUCAUAGGCGUCGGCCUUGGUGUUGCCUAUUGUACCCUUCUUGUAGCCUACCGUCUCCUAUUCCAUCCUUUAAGGCAGUAUCCGGGGCCGCUGAUCGCCAAGAUCUCCGGCUUCUACGGUGCUUUCUAUGCCUUUAGGACUACUCUCCACCUACGUACAUGGCAAGACCAUGUGCGGUACGGCCCAAUAGUCAGACAGGGACCGAAUAAGUUGGUCUUCAACUCUGUGCAGGCUUUGCAUGAUAUCUAUCAGAAUGACAGGAUCACCAAGUCCCGGGCUUACCUCAUAUCGCAGAGAGCCCCCGGCGUCUACGGCCUGUUCAAUGCCGUCGAUAGGUUCUUGCACCAGAAGAAGCGCAGACUAGUCGGCAAACCUCUCAGCGACAGGUCAAUGCGGGCAUUCGAACCGACUAUGAUCGGCCAAAUCGAUAUCUUUCUUCAGCAGCUGGUAGCAUGCUGCCAGAGGAAAGAUUGUGACGCUAUCCCGGUAAACAUGACCCAGCUAUCCAAACAUCUCACCAUGGACAUCAUGGGAUAUCUCGCGUUCGGAUACCCCCUGGAUUUGCAGACCGAAGCUACGAAUAGGGCAGUCCUGCAAUCCAAGGCGAGCUUCUUAUUCAACAUCGGGAUGCAAUUACCUUUUCUAGGUGCUUUGCGUGUGCACAUGCUUGGAUCACUCCGGUCUCUCAUAAGGGGGAAGCGCUACCUCCGAACCCUCGAGAGGGUUAUCAUAGAGAGGCUCGCCGAAGGACAGCAUGUCAAGCACGACCUCCUCUUCAUGUCAGACCAGCCGAGGGUGUCCGAGAACGACCAAGUCUGGCUCGAAGACGUCCGAUCUGAGGCGAUCUGGUUCCUGAUAGCCGGGAGCGAUACCACGUCUGCCACGCUGAGCGCGCUGUUCUUCUAUCUCGCGAAGAACCCGCAUUGCUACAAGCGGCUCGCUCGGGAGAUCCGCUCUACGUUCCAUAACGAUGGCGAGAUCCAUAGCGGCCCAAAACUCGCGACUUGCGCCUACCUACGCGCGUGCAUCGACGAGACCCUCAGGAUGUCCCCUGCGCUGCCGGGAACGCUGUGGCGCGAGAAAGCGGCCGGGGCCGGAGACGAGCCCCUCGUGAUAGACGGCUGCGUCAUACCCGAGGGCACACAGCUCGGCGUCAACACGUACGCUCUCCUGCACAGCGAGGAAUACUUCCCCGAGCCGUUUUCUUUCAAGCCGGAGCGCUGGCUCGAGGGUUCGGGAAUGAGCAAAACCUCCAGGGACGCGUUUGCGCCUUUCUCACUCGGCGCCCGCAGCUGCCUGGGCAAGUCCAUGGCGUACCUGGAAGUCAGUCUGGUCAUGGCCAAGACCCUAUUGUGCCUCGAUUUCAGCGAGGCCGUGGGAAUCCCGUGCGGCCACGAUACAAGUCUCACCGAGAGAGAGCUCGGAAAGGACACCGAGAGGGUUAAUGAGUUUCAGAUAUACGAUGCAUUUGCUGCGGUGCACUGCGGGCCAUUCUUAAACUUCCGGCCGGCUCAAGCCGACGCCGAGUAAAGCCACGGGGGGGAAAUGUCUAGAAUGACGGCGAACGCCACGGGCCGAGUGGACGCUUUUGUCUCUGUACUUUUCAUUCCCUUGAUUUCCCUUUUUGCUAUGUCGGCGCUUGAUCAACUCUAUACUUAGGUAACAUUGCUGUUGUUGAAAUUUAGAGAAUGUUUUUUAUAUGCCUAUCUACGUAUUCUAUUAUCCAUGU